CGGCCCGUAGUAAAUACUCCUAGUAAAGGACCGCAGUUUGCCUUCCUUACCCGUUCAUGCGGCAGCAACUGUACAUAGACACAGGAUGUCAAGAUCUUUAAUGGGUAGCAGAGCGGAGAGCCGAGCUGAGAGUAGAGAUAUAUCGCCAGAUCUGCAGAAUAGAAAGAUCUCUGUUCCUUGUAUCUCGUACCUGGCCCUAUCUGCCGGUCAGCGAACUAGAAAAUCAUCCUAUAAACACUACGGGGCCCAGAAAGCCCCUGAACCAGAUAAAUGUAUGAUAGAUCCAAGUGUCUGGUAUCAGAGACCAACAUCAAGGCGUGUAGGUCGGGCUAGCUCUGAGGGUCCCAGCACGACUAACAUGAGUACAACCAACGGUACAGUACAACGAAAGAAGUCCAGUGCUAUGUACUUCUUACCGACCAACAAUGAGAGUCCAGUGAUGGUGAUAAAAAAGCAUCCCCAUGAAUCAGGGAGGAAGGAUAGUUUUGACAGUGGAAUCGGAAUGCAGGAAGAUGAUCAGAAACGAAAGAAAAGUACUGGGCGGAAAGACGGAGAACCAAUCGGAGAUACGCUACACGAGCUGCGCGAAUUAUCCCGGAGAAUCGCGAUCACGUCAACCAAAAUGAUCGAAUUGGAAGAAUUUGCGGAGAAAAUUCAACAAGCACAGAGACAUUCAACAGAGUUUCAGAUGCAGCUUACUAAACUUACAGACGCUUCAGAAUUAGAGAAAGGGGUGACAAAGGUUCUGGAUAUGAUAGAGUUUGAUCGGAAGCAGGAGUUACAAAGAUUAAAAAAGAAAACUGAAGAUUUUCUCCGGAGAGUUGAGCACGGUCUGCCUAUGGUCGGAGACCAGGAUGAACUCAGAGAUCUGUUGAUUGGGCUGGCGGAGCUAGAGAAGAAGACGAUCAGAGGUUUUGACGAGGUUAAUCGACUCGAGGAGAAGACAGAACGUGUCGAGGUUCGACAAAGAGAACAUGAGAAGCAUCAACGACUUCGCCGUGAAAAAGUGGCAAUGUCGAACGGAACUAUGCAGACCCUGCUCCAGGAUGCCAAACAGAUCGAUAGCAUUCUCCAGGAGGUCCGGGAGUACCAACAGUCAGAUAUCAAGGUGGCUGAGAACAAUGUUAAUGAGUUUAUCAAUCUGAUGGGAGCUACUAGCGCCGGAGAGAUUAAGGAGGAUAUUGAGCAAAUAGAAAAGUUUAAGAAAAUCUCUGAGGAAUUGAAAGCACAGGUGAUGGAGGAUAGGCUUGAGAGUAAUAAGAUCCAAACAGCUGUAGUGGAUCAGGAUCAGACUAUAGACGUCAAGUUAGCAACAGAUCUACUCAAGGGGAAAAUUCAAACAAGGAAAAAGAAAACUCUAAAGUUGAAACAAGAAUAUGAAGAAUUUUUAACAGAACAGAAGAAAAAAUAUGAUAUAUUGCUGAAAGUAAAAAGGGCCGAGGCAGAAAAAAUGCGAUUGAAAAAACUGAAAGAGGAAGCAGAAAGAAAACAAAGAAAGGAAGAGGAAAGAGAAUUAGAACGUUUAAGAAAAUUACAAGAAGAAGAAGAGAGAAAGAAAAGAGAAGAAGAGGAGAGGGAGAAAGAAAGACUAAGAGAGCUGGAAGAAGCCGAAGCUAAAAAGAUUGCAGAAGAGAAAAGACAGAAACUUCUGGAACAACUUAAAAUAAAAUCUGAAAUUCAAGAAAUAAUUAAUACUGAAGCCAAGAACCUACAGAAAAUGCAGUCAGUUUCAGAGACUGUUGAGCUGACACAAAGGGAAAUAGAACUUGUGUUUGAGAAGCGUCGAGAAUUAUGUACAAACCCCGAGGGAUUAACUGAUGAAAGUGUUAUUGAGAAAAUGCUGGUUGAGUUUACAGACUUCUCUGAGAGUUUACAAAACAACGAAGAAGUUUUAAUCAGCAUUGGGAAGAAGGUUCUCAUCCCCUCUCAGGAUAUGAUCAUGCUCAUGGAGGAAACUCAAACCCUGUGUACUCGUAUAAAGAAGGAUUGGGUUGUGCUGGAACGAAUGCAGGGAAGAACAAAUAAGCAACUGGAUAAUCAGAAAAAGCAGUUGACUGGACAGCUGCUCGAGAUCAAGAGAAGGGAAGAAGAAGCAAUGGAUGCGCAGAGAAAAGCUCAAUCUGAAAUAGAUGCUGCCAAUGCUGAAGCUGAAAGACUUAGACUUCUUGCAGAAGAGCAGAGACGAUUGCUGGAGGAAGAAGAGAGAAAACGAAGAUUACUGGAGGAAGAAGAAGCAGCUAGGUAUGCAGAAGAAAUGAGACGAAGAAAACUAAUGGAAGAAGAGGAAAGACAAAGAAGGAUUCGCGAAGAGGAGGAAGAAAGAAGAAGGAGAGAGUUAGAAGACGAGGAGAUGAGAAGAAGACAACAAGAACUAGACGAAAUGGAAAGAUUGCUUGCGGAAAAGCGGGAACAGAUUGCCGUCAUCGAAGAGGAAUGGAGAGCCUUUGACUGGGAUGAUAAGCCCUGGGACGGGGAGUAUGCUGGAGAAAUGAUUGGAUGUUUAGCUAGCCCUGCCCUCCUCGCCGGUAUCAGGGAUCCAAAGAAAAUUGCGGAAAUUCUUCGCCGGGCGAAGGCAAUGGCCCUGCUUCGGGAACAAAUGCGCGAAGACGCGAAGAAGCUUGCAUAUAUUUGCAAAGCUAUUGAGGAGAUGCAGAUUGCUGCAAAGAAGGCUGAGGAAAAUAGAUGGUCUCGACAGAACACUGAAUGGGUGAAGGAUAAGGUUGUAUUCCGUCCUUGUGAUCUUAUCUGUUCCACCCAGGAGGCCUCCUUCAAACCAAACAAUUUCUUAAGCCUGGAGGAGAGUCGACGCCAGGCUAAAGAAAGGAAAAUAUCAAGAGCAAAUAUGGCUCCUGUAACCCUACAGGAGCUUGCUAAACAUUCCGAGAUCCCUGUCUCCGCCCUAGAAGGAUCCUAUGGUGGGUGGUCAAGGCAGAGGGUGAACCACGCCCCUUCCUCUAAACGUAAAGGAUACCUGGAUAGGUUUUAGCAAAAGUUGAAAUAUGGAAUUAAUAUUUAGUUUUGAUAAUAAAAGGGUAGGGUCACA